AUGUCUCACUCUAGUUUUGUGCCUUCCGUUUCGAUCCCAACAACAACAAUAGAACAACAAGAACCCAUCUUCAACAACCACCAUAACAACACUCGUUCUUCGGAAUCCCCAAAUCCAAAUCAGGAAAUACUAAAUUCUCAUCAUCAUCAUGACAACAACCAUGAAAACGACGAAGAAGAACGCAAUGACACAUCCAUCAUGACUACUCCUCGUGAAAUUCGAGAAAUUCACAAAAAUUCUACUUCUCAUCAUUAUCAGCAACGAGUUCACACAACAGACGACGUCGUGACGCCAUUUUCAACCAUUUUUGAUUUGUAUCAUAAACAUCGGAAUUUAAUUCUCGAAGGAGACAAAUUAGCCAUCUUACAUGUACUUUUAUUUGUUUUAAUUUUUAGCGUUGGAUGUUUUUUGGGUGCAUUGGUGUUGGCACCUUUAUUUUCAUGGAUGUUUCACUCAAAUUCAAAAAGUUCAACACUUGUGAAUGAGGAUUUACCUAAAAUGACACAAGAGUUUGUGUCACAUUCAGUAUUGAAAUGGAUGAAAUCUAGAGCUGUGAAAAUAAAUUUGGAUCAUACUCUCUAUGCAGGAGUUUCCAUCGAAAGAGAUGAUGAACAAUUUAUUCAUUUGGAUAAAGACAUUCAAAAGAUGGAAGGAGAAGAGAGAGGAGAACGAACCAGAGUACCUGAAUUUAGAGAAAAAUUGCCAAAGAGUAGUAUAUUUUUCAAGUAUUUCAUUUCCAAUGCAAGACCUGUAAAAUUAGCUGGUUCCAAAGUGUUACCAAAAUCCAUUUGGAAAUGCUUCAAGACAGGAUGGGAUGACACUUUUCUCUCAAAAAUUUCAAAACGAACAUUUUACACAGUGUCACGCAAAUAUCACAAACAUGCCACUGAUUCUUCUUCGCCACAACCACCACGCUCCAAUAUCUUUCCAUUAUUACAUCAAAUCGGAGAAGAAUUCCCUUUUAAAUCGCAUCAAGAAAGUGACAGUGCGUCACAACGUUUAAAACGUGAUGAAAUGAUUCAAUUAGCGUUCAAUGAAAGAAAUCGUGACAAACAAUCCCAACAACAAAAUUCAGAAAAUACUGAAGAAUCCAAUAACAUGGUAUCUUAUGAAUCAUUAAUUUCCAAAGAGGAUUCAACAAUAGAACGAAUAAUUUCUCUUCAACACAUGAUUGAUGAUUUAUUGACAGAUACUGAAUUACAAAUUGAAAAUUUUUUACAAAAUCCAAAAUUGACAUUUGAAUGGAAACAAAGUACAUGGCAAGCUCUCAUGGAUCAUUAUUUGAAUUAUGAAAAAUUAAGAUCCAAUUAUGUGCCAGGAGGAUUUAUGAUUCCUUAUCAGAAAAUUUAUAUUCAAAAUCAUGUCAACACUCCUCAAGAAGCAAAAAUGGAAAAGCUUUUGAAAUCGAGUAUUCCUAUUGCUCCUUCUUUUCUCAAUGAUACACUUCAUUUACGUUCCAUUUCCAUGAGAUUAUCAUACUCUGAUGAAUUUUUGAAAAACAAUUUUGUGUUGCCCAUGGUUCAGCUCAAUAAGGAAACUUUAUUCAUUCAAGUGAAAGGAAAAACAAAAUUCAUGUUAUUUGAUCCAUUUCAUAACCAAAUGAUGGAACCACAAGCAAAGACAUUGGAUUGGAAAAUUGAAAAUGACAAAGUGGAUGGUCAUAUCAUUUACAGUUCUAUCGAUCCUUUUCAUCUCAUUGAAAAUGAAAAAAAAUCCUUCCUGUCAGAUGCCAUCGCCUUAACUGUCGAAUUGGAACAACAUGAAGUCUUAUACGUUCCUACCUUUUGGUGGGUUCUCGAAGUCGGUAUUCAUUCAAAAACUGAAGAAAAUAUUAACUUGAUGCUACGACAAGAAUUUGAAACUCAUCAUGCCAUGUUAAAUGUGUUCAUGAAUGGAUUGUUGAGACAUGUACAAGAUGAAAGCAAGUUGUUGACAGUGGAGACUCAAAAACGACCUGUCAAAUUACCAUCGGUGGAUCAGUAA